AUGCGUUUCCUCCAAGCCACUGUCAUUGCUUUCGCUGCGUUCAUUGCAUCGUCUGCUGCUCUCAAAGGCAUCGUCAAAUCAUGGGACGACGAGAAGGGAAUCGGCUACAUCACACCGGAUGAUGGAUCUCCAGAUGUCUACUUCUAUCGAUCGGAAGUCGACCCUGAGGAUCUAGCAUUAUUGGAAGAGGGCAAAGAAGUCGACUUUGAUUUAAAGAGUGGGCCAAAAAGGCAGAAGACGGUCAAUGGUGUUCCACAAUUGGGAUAA